GUCCCCUCCCGAUUCCCUCUUCUACCGGUGACCCUCGCCGGCGAAUCGCCGCCGCCACCCCCCGCUAGCCGCCGCGCCAAUCCCCGACUCCCUGCCAACCCGUGCGCGCUCCUGGGCCCUCCGCGGCGCCGCCCACCUCGUCGCACUCCCGCCGCCGUCACACCUCGCCCUCGGCCUCGGACCCCCGUUGCGCCUGGCCGUCGUGCUGACCUGCCGCUGCUGACUCCGACGCCGGCGGCCGACUGCCCGGUCUCCUCCACCUGCAGCUGCUAAUCGACAUCGAUCCGUGCUCCCUCACCUGCAACCCGGAUUUGUUGCAAUGGUUUUCGGUGGCGGCUAUAAACGUAUAUGAGCGGGUGUGGCUCGAGGUGCUCCGGCUUGUGCCGGUUGGCGAUGACGACGGCGCUUUGAGCCAAAUCCGAGUGACAUCAUCGAUGGGAAAGAAAGGUCUCGAUUGUGGUGACCAGCAUCCUCGCUGUGAUGACGAUCGUGUUCGGAGUCAUCAGCGCGGUUCUCAUGGCGAUGAAACAUCAUCAAGAUGACCAUGCUGAGUUCUCUACGUACCGGCGAUCGCCGGCAAUGGCAUGUGGCGUGGUAGCGGCCGUGUUGGCGUCAAUGACGCAGAUUCUUGCGAGCGUGGCCAUCUGCUGCUGUAGGGCGUGGCGUAUAACUAAGGGGGCCAAGCGCAUCGCCGCAGUGGUCUUCUUCAUCAUCUCAUGGGUUCUUGCGAUCAUAGCAGUGCUACUAUUUCUGGCAGGCGCCGUGUUAGGGUUUGAAGGCUCUGCAAAGAAAACUAUCGGGAAUGCCAGGAUUGUCGGAGGUGUCGGAAUUUUCGUGAUCGCUACGUUCUUGUUUCUUGUAGUUGCCGCCCUUGAGGUUACCUCAUACCGCCUAGUUCGGAAGAAGGACCACUACUAAGCAUACGUUGGCAGUUAAUCCUCCUCCGGUGCCAACAACAUCUAAAGACGGUCCCAACGCUUUUGCUCUGCUACCAUGGCAUGGUUGUCUUUCUCUUUCAAAGGAGGAACGUGCUGUAUGGAUAUGGAAGGCGUAGGCUUCGACCCACGCUACCAUCUUCCGUGUUUUGUGUGUUUGUUACUCCACUCAGAUCAUGAGAAAGAAUUCAAAAGUUUAUCUGCAUUGCUUGAAACAUAUGUGCUUCUGAAGCUUUUUUUCAUAUGUUAUGAAAGUCAUUA